GCCAGCGCGCCGAGGCGCGCCGCACCUACGCGCCCGCCGUCUCGGCCGACGACGCGGCCUCUUACGCGCUCCUGCGGCCCGCGGCCGCGCGCCUCGUCGACAUGCUGGACGGGGUGCUGCUCCGCCUGCACGACGCCCGCAUGCGCAUGACGCACGGCGGCGCGUCCUCGGACGAGGACUCGUCGGCCGCCUCGGGCGAAGAGAGCAGCGGUGGCGGCGGGUCGCGGUCGGGCGGCGAGGCUAGCAGCCAGGGCGGCAAGAAGGGCAAGCGCCGCAAGAGGGGCCGGCCGAGGAGCGGGAUCCCCGUCAUGCCCGUCGAGCCCGUGCCCGAGUUCGGCCCCGAGGGCAAGAGGCGCCCCGGCCGCCCGCGCAAGCCGCCGGGGCUGCCGCUGCCCGGCGAGAGCGAGCGCGACAUGAUGAUCAGGGUCGCCCGGGAGAUGCACCGGCGCCUUCCCGUACCCUCGUCGUCCGACGAAGGAAAGGAUGAUGACGGCGACGACGAGGGUGACGAUGAUGACGAUGGAGGCGCUGAAGGCGAGAAGAAGAAAUCGGCCAAAAGAUCGAAGACGCCCAUCCCGCAACUGGAGGGGGAGACGGACUACGAGUACAGGCUGCGCGUCGCUAGAGCAAGGCAUCUCAAGCGACCCCGUCCCGUCCCUGCCAAGGAGGAGCCGCCUCUCCACGACGCCAUGGACGUCGACGGAAGCCCGGGCGGCACGGGCGAGCGACCCGGCGGCGGCGUCCAACAAGGAACACAAGGGCACAAAACACAAGGGCCGGACAGCGGCACGCAAAGGAGGACGCAGACCAGCGAGAAGGCCAUGGCGCGCUGGCCGCUGCGCGACUGGGGCGACGUGGUGGGCGCUGCGGCCCUGGCCGGCUUCCCGCCCUCGGCCGUGGCGCGCGCCGCGCAGCGGUGCGCCAGCCUGUUUGGCCAGUCCAUGGACAUGCACACCGUCGUCGAGGUGCCCGCCGCCGCUGGGACGAAGCGGCAGCGCACAAAAAGAGACGGCGACAGCGGCGGUGGCGUCGGCGACGACGGCUUCCGCACCGCAACCUACCGCCCCGGCGCCGCGCUGUCUGACACCUCCCUCUCGUCCGGCUCCGACGCCGCCAGCGACCGGGCCGGGGCCGCGCCAGCAGCCGCGUCCGCAUGAAGCGUCUGCACGAGCUGAGCCGGGCUUCGAGCGCCGCGCCGCAGUCGUCCGACGACGACGACGAUGCGCAGGAGCAGCUGCCACGCGGCAGGCGGGCCAGCAGCAGCAGCCAGCCGGCGGCGGCGACGACGACGACGACG